AUGAUCACGUGCGGUCACAAUUUCAGUCGCGGCAGGCAGGAAUUGUCGAAAUUCUCUCUGGAUGCAAUCUCGACGGCCAAGCAGACCGGGCCCAGGGCGCCACAGGCAGCGAGCAGUGAACCGCGACUGAUGCGACGCCGCCCCGUAACAGGCCAGCAGCUGGCACACGUGGGUCCACUGAGGCUCAGCCAGCCAAUCUGGAAUUGGAAUCUCGAACUCGUCGCGCUGCCAAGGCCCGAAGAAGCGUCGAGGCUCCAGCUCGAGUGUAGCGGCACAGCGCGGCACCACCUGUUUGCAGCAAGGCCGUCGGUCCCCGUUGUCACCACCAUCGUUACCUCAAGACCUCUCGAUCCCUUCUCCACCCUUCAUCACCCAACACAUUCGCCCAUCAUGUCGAACGUUGAGCUCGGUGUCCAGACCGAAAAGGCUUUCCAGAAGCAGUCCAUCUUCCAGAACUCCAAGGCCGCCCGUAAGACCACCCGCGACCGCCGAUGGUACAAGGAUGUCGGUCUUGGCUUCAAGACCCCCCGUGCCGCCAUUGACGGUACCUACAUUGCAUUCGACUUGCUCCAGCACAAUGAUCUGGCAGACCCACGUCGGACUGGCUGGAACAAGAAGUGCCCCUGGACUGGUCUCGUCUCGAUCCGUGGCCGUAUCCUGACCGGCAAGGUUGUCUCGACCAAGAUGACCCGCACGAUCAUCAUCCGCCGAGAGUACCUUCACUUUGUCCCCAAGUACUCGCGUUACGAGAAGCGCCACAAGAACGUUGCCGCCCACGUUUCGCCCGCCUUCCGUGUCCAGGUCGGCGACACCGUCACCGUCGGCCAGUGCCGCCCCCUCUCCAAGACUGUUCGUUUCAACGUCCUCAAGGUGUCCAAGAACAAGUCCGCCGAGAAGGCCGCCAAGCAGUUCGCAACGUUCGUCGAUCCACCAUCACGCACCUUCGAUAUCGCCAAACUGCUCCUCCUGCGACCUCGACCCGUGCAAUCAUCUCUGAUCCAUCCUUCGUCACCGCAGCCAACCACACCUCGAUCACAACCUACCGACAUGGCGUUCGACUUUGGCGAGUCCAAGCCCUCGGACCCUACUGCCGACUUCCUGGCGCGCGAGCGCGAGGCUGCCGGUGUGCUUUCCGGCGAUGCAGACCUGUUUGGCUCCUCGGGUGCUGCUGGAGGUGCCGGAUCUGCCGACGACUUUGAGCGAUCCGCAUCUGCCUUCCCUGCGCUCGACGACGAUGGCCUUCCCGCACCCACAUCUUCCAACGCUGCGCCUUCCGGCGGCUUUGGCUUUGACGACAUCGACGACCGACCCGAGCCGACGUCGACAACUUCGGCCAAGCCCGUCGACGAUGAGGUGGGCAAGUUCGAACAGAACUUCCCCGAACUUGACGACGGCGCAGCAACCAACACCAACGGCGCCAGCUACCACGACGAUACCGAUGACUUGAUGAGUGCGCCUGCGCCAGCUGCAUCGCGAUCGGCGGCACCUGCACAGCCCAGCUACUCGUACAGCUACGAGGAGCCCGCUGAGGAGGCUGAGCCGGUGCGAUUGUGGCGCGAGUCGCAGAAGGAUGCGAUCGCCAAGCGCGAUGCCGAGGGCGAACGCAAGAAGGCGGAAGCCAUCUCUCAGGCCGAGCAGGACAUCGACAAGUUCUACGCCGAAUACAACGCCAAGAAGGAGAAGAACAUUGCGGCCAACAAGGAGGCCGAGGCCAAGUUGAACGAGCAGCGCACGCGCGAGCUCGCCGAAGGUACCACCUGGAACCGCGUCACCAAGCUGCUCGAGCUGCAGAACAGCCAGUCCAAGACCAUCGCCCGCUCCGGUCCCGGCAGCUCCGAUCUGACGCGCAUGAAGGAGCUCUACCUCAGCCUCAGGAGAGAAGGCGAAACCGCGCCCGGCGCCGCCGGCUACUAA